AUGCGCGUGCGCAUCGCGCGCGGUUCGUGGAGUCGUGGUGUCCGGUGGGUUAUCCCUGCAAAUGGGUUCUGCAGCGUAGUGCCCCACGCAUUACCACCCGUGAUCGUGCACCGAGGUCCGCGAGGAGGGGUUGCCGCCGAGGGCUCCACCGCGCGCGGGUCCUGAAGUAUGGCAGCCAUCCCUUCUAGCGGCUCGCUCGUGGCUACCCAUGACUACUAUCGGCGACGCCUGGGCUCCUCGUCCAGCAACAGCUCCUGCGGAAGUGCAGAGUACCCCGGGGACGCCGUGCCCCACCCCCCGGGUCUCCCCAAGGCCGACCCUGGCCACUGGUGGACCAGCUUCUUUUUCGGGAAGUCUACCCUCCCGUUCAUGGCCACAGUGUUGGAGUCUCCUGAGCACUCGGCAGAAUCCCCCCAGGCCUCCAGAAGCCCGAUCACCCGUGGCCUGGCUCCUGAAACCGUGAAGCAGCAGCCCAACACGAGGGCCCCGUCCUGACCUAGCAGAACCACAGCAAACUCACUUAAGUGGUGCUAGGCCAGAGGCUCCCUCCACCCCCGCCCCCCCUCAUGUAAACUAGGAAGGCUGUGGCAAGCAACAGACACCAGCAGGAGCUGGAGAGAGCCCCCCUCUUGGUUCACAGCACUGAGCUUUCCUAACCCCAUAACUGUGCCUUGCACCAAGCAGAAAAUAAACUCCCAGCAGCCGUCCUCCCCA